AUGAGGAACUCAAAAAGAAAACAAGCUUUGUAUUAUAACAGAGGUGCGAAUAAAAUUAUUAGUUGCUUUGAGGAAGGUAAAAAAGUUUAUAUGCAGGACAAGUGUACAAAAAAUUGGCAUGAAGGAAAAAUAAUUAAAAAACUGAAAGAGCCCAGAUUAUACUUAGUGAAUGACAGAAAUGGUAGGAUGUUCAGGAGGAAUACCAGUUUUCUUAAGAAAAUAGGAAUAAGGAAACAGAUCAUCGUAGAGGGUGAAAGAGAGGAGUAUGGCAAGUUAAGUAAUAAAGAACAUUACAACAAGAUUUGUUAUCAAACAUAUCAAAAAGAACAUAGAACCAGGAUAGGGAGAAAGGUGGUCAAACCUAACAAAUUAGACUUAUAA